AUGGCACUGCUAUUCCAUCCGCCAUUCACACAUCCCGCAUCUCCGCACAAAUCCUCGGAACAACUUCCAACCUACGGCAUUGUUCCCGAAGACAAAUCCCCUGGCAUGCUAGCCCCGGCCGAGGAGGAACCUCCGGGAACGCAAGAACCUGAGCCUGAAAGCGAGAGUGAACCUGAGGACUGGCCGGAACCUGGACCUCAAUGGGACAAAGCGUACGACACUUGGGGAGUGGCUUGGGAAUUUCACAUCUAUGCGUUUGCUGUAUGUUUCUUCUUGGUUUUCGCUUACGCCUUGUACUAUGUUGUCGUGAAUGUCUCUGACGGACUUGGGAAGAAGUACUUGAGUGUCAGCUUGAAUAUUAUGAUGGUUAUUUGCGGUUUCAGCCGAGCAUUUGUCCUCGUAGUUGAUCCUUACCACCAGGGGACGGCAGUGGAUACACCGUUCAAGCUCAUGCGUAUCCUGUGGUCCCUAACCGACCCCUGUCUCACCGCCGCAGAUUCGUUAGUAAUUCUCUCGUUGCUCGAGACGUACAAGUUGUCCAUCGCACCGCAACGUUUCCAGAAACCUUCAACAAUCAUCCCAAUCAUUGGCAUGCAUUUCGGCUUCGUCUUAACCUCAGACCUUGUCGUCUCUGAGUUCGUUGAGGCGAAAGCGAUGCUUCUAUUUUGUCAAGUAUUUUUCAUCACGUGGUGCUCUAUAUUGGGCAUUUGCUACUUUCUGAUUGGCUACAAGCUUGAUCAGUUGAUAUUCAAAUCUGGCGUCGAAAACGAAGUCUCCCAAGAGGGGAGAUGGUAUAUCUAUUUAAUCCACGCAUCCGGGAUUUCGAAUAUAAUCACAAGUGCAGUGUAUAUUUACUCAGCUGCGGGCGUUUUUGGCGUGUACUCGGAUGUGACCUACGUAGACGCUUGGCCGUGGUGGACCCUGCAGUCCGCGUUGCGUAUCACAGAACUGGUGGCAGCGGUCUUAGUAUUCACAGUUAACGCGAAACGAGCCCAACCCGUGGUCCACGGGCAAGAGAAAACAGCAGCCCCACCAAAGAAACGAAAAAUGAGCAUGUUCAGCGGGAUGCGUUCGAUUCGGGACGGAACGUAUUUGGAAAAGAACCAAGAGUCGCAAAUUUCGACAGAUAAACAGGGCUUGCAAAUGUCUGAAAGUGGCGUCCAGUGUUUGGUUGGUGAAAUUACGGACAGCAUGGAAGAUGUUGUCGCGAAUUAUGAUAAUGAGCUCGAAAGAAAGGAUAGUAUGUUUACAGCGCUCGGUGGGAAAGCGCAGACGGCGCGCAAUGCAACAUUUAAUGUAUAA